UCCAACCUCGCCUCUUCACACAGUCUUUCCUUCUAUCAUCACCAGCUACUUAUCCUUUGCCAAGUCAAACAAUGGCGCCCAAGCGAACCGUUUUGGCGACCGACAUUGCAAAAACCACAGGAAAGUGGUCAAUUUGGGGCGCACUCCAAGUUGGAGUUGCUGUUGCCGAUGGCAAGAUCCAAGAAUAUGUCGUGCUCUACCGGACCACCCAAGACAAUGAGAACAGCAUCCAGGACAUCACGUCAAGCGUCACCGUCACCAGCUCAGACCCAAAAUCCGGCAACUUCCAUCUGUCAAAGGCCUUCAACUCGGAUGGCCCAGAGAAGCACCGUAUCGGGUUCGAGGUCGACGUGGAGCAGUUGUGGGAUAAGGACAAUGCCGGAUUCGACAACGCCAAAUUCACCUUUGAGGAAGCCGGAAAUUCCCGUACAGUGAGCUGGCGAGGCGCCUUUGCGGAUUUCAACGACAGCCCACUCGAAGUGAUCAAGGCCGGAUCGCAGCCAUUGGACGGGUGGAUUGAGGACUUCCUUGACAUCACACCACUCGACGAUGACGACAAUGACAAGCCAUCUGAAUGGACAAGCAACAUCUUCGCCGAGAUCUCGCAGCAUGCCUUGCCUGCAAAGGCAAAGAGUCUUUUCUUCGACGACGACAUUCCCUGGCUGGGCUCAAAGUUUCUCGAGGAAGAUUGCCCUGGUGAUGAUCUGCCAUAUAUCGUCUCAAGUAACACAUAUAUCGUUUGGAUCCCGUUGUCGAGCAUUCUGAACGAGAAUCGGCGACUCUUCGAACUGACCAGCAUGCACUUUCUGUGCCGCGACCUGUCCCACGCCGACUGGCUCGAUGACGAAUUCCGCUCCCAGCUGCCCGACAAGGUGGGAGACUUUUUCGACAUGGUGGGAGUGCCUCCCACCGCCUCAGCGGACGAGGAACAACGACUCAAGGUCCGAUACGGCAACGACAAGACGGCGGCCCGCGAGUUCGACCAGCUGCGACGCCAGUACGCAGAUGCCAUUCGGCGCUGCUACUACUUUGCGUACAUUUGCCACGACAACAGCCUAGAAGACGUGCUGCGCGACGCAAGCGAGGGGAGAUACAAGAUCAUCAGGGACACGCUUCUGAGUGACAACUUCAAGGAGCAUCUGCUUCCGGCGCUGAUGAGCGUCGGGGAUGAGCCGGAUGCCAUGCCCAUCAGUGCCCAGCUGGCCCAGCUGUCAGACAAGCUGUCCAUGUACAGGUAUCACCUUCAUCGGGAAAACGACUGUCCGGAGAACAAGGAAGAUGUCGACUACAUCAUCUCCGAGCUUGCAAAUGCGGCGAAGCGGAGUGGACUGGUGCGGGACACACUUAUCGACUUCAAAACGGCGGGCAUAACUUUCGGUCCACACUCGAUCUUCAGUGAGCGGACAAGACAGGAGGUAGAGCGCUUCAAGGCGUCUCAGAGAGCAGCGGCUUACAACCUGGGGAUCGAUUUUGUUGACUUGGACAUUGAGAGCAGAGUUGCUCACGCAUACCUCCGUGAUGAAGCAAAGCCCCUGGGACUUUACACCUGGGAGUUCCAUUUCAGGCUUUGGUAG